AUGUUUUUUUUUUGUUUUUUUGUUUUUCAUAUUUUUCUUUUUUUUAAUGUUGUCUUAUCAAAAUUAGACUUUCCAAAUGAGCAACUAGCAUCGUCUUUUUUUGAAUCGCAUAAAAACUACCGUGUAACGAAAGAAGAUAUAAUUGAUGGUAUUGAAAAAUGUUGGUUUAAUAUUACAGAUUAUUUAAUAAGUCAAUCAAUAAAACAAGAUAAUGACUUUAGUAAUGAUGUAAAAACAACAGUCACUGCCAUGAAAAAUAAGAUGGAUCAACUUCUUACGGCUUCCUAUUCAAAUAAAAAAAUCGACACGGUUAAUGCUUCAUUUCAGUGGGCUCAAUCUCCUGACUAUAUUUUUUUGAACAUCAAAUUUUCUCAUCGUUGGAGCUCUCCAGGUGCCUUGAAAGUAAAGGAUGAAAAAAUCGUUUCUAAGAAAAACAACUUCUCCUUUUCUGCUCUUAGCAACGAUUCAAAUUCUGUAACAAAAAAGUAUAUAGUUGAUUUGACCUUACUAGAUAAUAUUAUAGAAUCCGAGACUAAAUAUAAUUUUGCUUCAGUCGGAAAAGUAGUAGUCACCUUAAAAAAAGAAAAAAAAAAAAUUUGGAACAGGCUCCUACUGUCAAAAGAAAAAUAUCCAAAUAUGCAAGUGUGGUGGGAUAUGAAAGAAAAAUAUUAUGAUAGCGUUCAGAAUUUUUUGAAGGAAGAAAAAAAGAACUCUGAUAAGUUACAAGAUGAUAUAGAUGAAGAUGAAGAAAAAUAUUUUGACGAGGAAAUUUUAAGGGAAGCCAAAAAAAAAAGUGAAGAAUAUGAUAAAGAUGAUGAAGACUUAUAA